AUGAUAUUUUUUAAUUCAUUUCUUUUUCUGCUUCAUAGUGACAUUGAAGGCUUCACACAGUUAUCGAGUACAAGUACACCAUAUCAAGUUGUAGAAUUGUUAAACAAAUUAUACACAACAUUUGAUGAAAUUAUUGACAAUUAUGAUGUCUACAAAGUAGAAACUAUAGGAGAUGCAUAUAUGGUAGUUUCAGGAGUGCCAAAAGAAAAUGGCAUUGAUCAUGCAAGUGAGAUAGCAAGCAUGGCUCUGGAUUUGGUUGCCGUGUGUAACACUUUCAAAAUUCCACACAAGCCACAGACAAAACUCAAGAUCCGAGCUGGAAUCCACUCAGGACCUGUAGUUGCUGGUGUGGUUGGGACAAAAAUGCCUCGCUACUGUCUAUUCGGUGACACUGUAAACACAGCUUCAAGGAUGGAAUCAACAAGUCAAGGUAGACUUCAUAUAAUUGUUUAUUCACCCACUUCCUUCCCAAAUAACAUCUUUUUGAAGUCAACUGUGUCUCCAACCAAAUUCCAAACAUUGACGUUAGGAUUUGAAGUUGUGGUUUCAAAAGAACGUGUAAUCUUAAAUAUGAGUUAA